ACUUCACAAAGUUACCACACAGCCUUGAUAGCCUUCGUCAUCUCCGUCGCUGCGUUGACACUUUUCUCUCCGGUUUCGUUUUCUCUCCCUACAACUCGUUUCUUUUGUAUUUUUGAACUCAGUGAGUCGCCAAAGAUGAUGCACAUGACCUUUUACUGGAGCCGGGAGGUGACUCUCCUGGUGAACUCUUGGCGCACUCAGACAUGGCUGGCUUAUUCCUUGACUCUUCUCGUUUGCGUAGUCGCCUCCGCCUUAUACCAACUCCUAGAAAACCUUCGCAUCCGCCUUCGGGUCAAAGUCAUCGCCGCAACCAGCGGUUCUGCGCAAGAGCCUUUGCUUCAACCCAAGACGGGUAGAGGGAAAUGGUCGGCGGCGAGACUAGCCGGAGCAGUGCUUUUUGGAGUAAACUCGGCGAUCGGGUACUUGCUAAUGCUUGCUGUGAUGUCGUUUAACGGAGGGGUGUUUGUGGCGAUUGUAUUGGGGCUGGUUAUUGGGUAUUUGUUGUUUAGGAGCGAAGAUGAGAAUUUGACGGUUUCUGAGAAUCCCUGUGCCUGUGCGUAGACACAUAGAGACAAGACCACUGAACAAAGUAUGUAUUUGUGUUAUUUUCUCUUUUGGGUUACGGUUUGUAUGUUUCUUUUACCUGUAAAAAUCUAAUCUUUGUCUUCUGUAAUUGAGCUGAAGAAGCAACUGGGUUCCUUGUCUUU